UCCAUUCGCUAGCUUCAGAACAAUAUAUCAACACAAAAAAUAAAAAACUUAACAAUUUAUUAAACAAACAAAAAAUGGGUGAUCGUUAUAAUAUUCACAGUCAAUUGGAACAUUUACAAAGUAAAUAUAUUGGUACUGGACAUGCAGACACCACGAAGUACGAAUGGCUAACAAAUCAGCAUCGUGACUCCUUGGCCAGCUACAUGGGACAUUAUGAUAUGCAGAAUUAUUUUGCUAUUUCAUUAAAUGAAACAAAAGGAAGAGUAAAAUUUGAUUUAAUGGAACGUAUGCUGCAGCCUUGUGGACCACCACCAGAAAAACCAGAAGAAUAAAAUUUUUAAUUAUAAAAAAAACAAA